CGGCGCUCGGCCGCCACCCUGUGGUGCCGCUGGGUGCGGCCGCGUCUGAGGGCGCCCCGGAGAGGCGGAGGACGGGAUGGCAUUCCCUUAGGGACAGUGACCCGUGUGGCUGCCGGGCGCCUCAAGAGCCUGUGGCACUCCAAGGACAAUUUCUUUUUGUGAAGAAAUCAGGCAGUGCCGCGAAAUUACAUCGGAUGUAACCUUGCUUAUUUUUUCGUAUUGUUAUCAACACAACAUAUGCAAACUAUUUUGGGCUGCCAACUCUCAUCUCUUACAUCAAGGAAAUUGAAUCAUCUACCUUGGCCUACAAAAAUUAACAGAGCUUGUAUAAAUAUAUUUUGAUGAUGUCCUUGAGAUUUCUGGAGACACAAAGAAGCAGGAACAGGGCACUGGACAACUGUUCAGGCCAAAAGCAGCAGAGAAUACUGACAAGUCCGACUGAGGAGCGUGCAGAAAUGUCUCCCUUCGAAAAUAAAGGACUAAUCCUGGGCAUAAUGGCAGGGACUGCUGGAUUAAGCCUGGUGCUGGUUUGCUACCGCAAGAUCCGAAAGCCUGGUGCAGCUGUGCGUAUUCGUGCGUUCCAGGAUAUAGGUAACAGAGUUAAUUCAGUGGGCUUGCCAAAUGAGGCUCCUAAUGAACAAGGAGCAGUAAUGGUUUUACAUGGAAGGCAACUGCAAAUACUAGAAAAAUUGAAUGGCCUGCUACUAAGCGUGGACGAACUGAAGAGAGAGGUGGUAUUUCUGAAAGAAGCUAUUCCAAAACUUGAAGAGCUUGUUCGAAAUGAGCUUCAAGGAAAGGGUGAUGUUCAGAGAGUUAGCCCAUCGCACAGAGCAGCAAGGCGGAGAAAAGCAGAGACAACUUCUAGUGCAAGAGAAACUACCAGCUCUGAAGAGGCAGAAAGUGAAGGAGGUUACCUUACCGCUCAUACUGAUUCUGAAGGAGACUCCGAGGAAGAAAAGAGAUGUGUGAAAUCACCUGAUGCCUUGGUGAAAUCAGAAGAAGAUGAAGACUUACUUAAUUUUUUACAGCAGGUGGACAAUUUGCACAAGGGUUCAGAGGAUGAUAAAAAAGAGGGCUUCAGACUGCUGACUGAGAAAGAUGACAAGUACAAAAACUGUGUGGACUUUCUUUGGAGGCUUGCACGUGCUUAUGGAGAUCUGUUUGAGAUGACUACUGAUGCUGAGGAGAAGAGGAAAUAUGUAACUGAUGGAAAGAUUAAAGCUGAACAGGCUAUUCAGCUGGAUGCUGGGAGUGCUGAGAGUCACCAAUGGUUUGCAAUUAUGUGUGGCUAUAUGUCUCAGUUUGAAAGUGUACAAAACAAAAUCAGGAAUGGUUAUCUCUUUAAGGAGCACCUAGACAAGGCAAUUGAACUUAAGCCUCAAGAUCCAUUUCUAUAUUACCUAAAUGGAAGAUGGUGCUAUUCAGUAGCUCAGUUGUCUUGGCUUGAAAAGAAAGUAGCUGCUGCUCUCUUUGGGACUCCACCAACUUCAACAGUAGAAGAAGCAUUGCAGAAUUUCCUUAAGGCAGAAGAAAUGCAUCCAGGAUAUUCCAAAUGCAAUUAUGUGUAUUUGGCAAAGUGCUAUAAAGAUCUUGGCCAGAAAACCAAUGCACUGAAGUGCUGUGAUUCUGCACUGUCAAUUCUCUCAGUUACUAAUGAGGUCCAGAAGAUGGACUAUUUGUUCCAUUACCCAACAGAAAACAGUAAGGGAGCAGCUUGCUUUUUUGCAGCCAAAAAAGCUACAAGGUGAGCAACCUCCCACUCUGCCCUUCUCCUAAGUCACAGAGGUCAAUGUAGCAGCAGCUCAAAUGUGGCUUUGUGCACCCAUAACCUGCCAAAAUGGGUGCCCUGGACUUGAGAUUUCUGUAUUUACUGAUCUUCUCUGCUUGCAGUCUGUCCUUAUGCAGCAGUCAGUGCAGUGCCAUGACGUCACGACACGCAGGCUUAUGUGAGCUGGCAUUCAGCUUGGCAGGUCAGGUUCAACUACCACUGAACUGCAGCUGGCAAUUCAACAUACACAGUCUGGCCAUGAAUCUUCACAAACACGUAAUUAGGAUCCAGCCUCUGUUUGAAAUGACAGAAACUACACCCAGCCACCACAUCUAAACAUGAGGUCACGGAUUUCAAAUCCUAAUUCUGUGUUAUUUUAAAAAACAAACAGAACUCUUGCCCCUCGUUGUAAAUCAGGUCUCAAACGUAUUUAUCCAUAGCAAUUCAGAGUGUUCAAACAUACAUUUUAUAAACAAAAUACUUUUAUUGACUAGUACAUGGAUUAUUUUAAAUCAAGGAUUAGCAUACAGUUGGUAUUAAACUACUGUUUCAGUUCAUUUCAAUGAAGUCAAAGUUACUGUAGAUUAACCUCAGGAGGCAAUAUUUAUCUGGAAAAAAGAGGUUUUAAAAAAUAUAGAUGGAAUUUCCUUUUCCUCCUUUUAUUUUGUGUGUUUUGGCAAUAUAGUGUAUAUUAGAAAAUUUAUCUAAUAGAGCAUAACUCUAAGCAAACCCAGAACUUAAUGGGAACUGUUACUAGACUGUUAAUUGUUUUGUUCCUGCUUCUGAUGUGAAAAUCAUCCCAACAUUACAUUUAUGUUUCAAAUUUACUAGAUAUAAUUAUUUUUCAUUAUCUUUUCUGCAACAGCUCUAUCUAAGAGAAACAUCUUGAGUGUUUAGAGAUACUCCAGACACCUAACCCAGCUUAUUGGGUAACUGCUUUUAAGAAUGGACCUAGAUAGAGAAAAGUCUUGUAUUGUUUCUCCUUGUUUUAUAGAAGCAUCAUAAUGGUGUUUCCCUCUCUGGACACCAGUAGCCACAUUCAGCCUGGUACAGAACUCAAAAAUGAAAAAUAUACUCGGGUGUGGCCUCUAGAGACCCCACUGUCACCUGAUUGUGCAGUUUCUGUGGUUUUUCAGAGACAGAGAUGAAAAGAAAUGGUUGGCCAUGUGCAAAACAAAGAGCAGUCUCUUCUAAAACAAGAGAACCUUUUUAUACAAUAAGCAGGCUCAGCAUGCCACUUCAGAAUGAUGCAGUGGCAAGAGAAUAUGAGCCUCAACCUAGAUUUAAAAAUGGUAACCUGGUGCAAUAUACACCUAUAUAUUUAUGUAUCUGUAUCUCCUU